AUAUACAAUAUAGUAUUUGAAAAUAUCCAUUAUAUAAUGUUGUUGGCAUCCGUCCCUCUCGAGAGACAAUGGAAGAGCGCAAGCCUGGGCAGUGUGCAUGGAGGUGCUGGGCUGCCUAGCCCUAGAUGACAAGACACCCCCCCCGGCCUCGCUUUCCUUCGUCUCGGGAGACAAUGGAGUGCUCCUCCGGUGGUGAAGACAAUAGCAGCACCAAAGUGACCUUCCCAGGGCGCAAGUCUGAGGAGCGUUUAUGGAGCACCUCAGAGGAUCUCAGGGGCCCAAGGAACAGGUGGAGGAGGGAGUGUGCAGCUUGGAGUCUGCAGCAGAGAUGGUGAACGUGGGGUUGUCUCGUGUGGACGAAGCGGUGGCAGCCAAGCACCCGGGGCUACAAGAAUAUACUGCCUGCCAGUCUUACGCAUUCAUGAAGGGCAUGGGGACAUUUAUUACAGUCUCCGGAAUGGCUUUUGCUCUUCAAAAAUUCAUCCGGAAGAUUCACUACCCGCUCCAGUGGAACAUCCUGCUCUCCUUUGUUGCAGGUUCAGUUGCAAGCUAUACAGUGACUCGAUGGGAGACACAGAGGUGUUCUGACUUAUGGAUCUUUCUGGAAAACAAACAACCCAGUGUCCCAGAUGUAGCCAAAGAGAAAGUGCCCCAUUUGGACCCCCAGAAGGAGACAGAGGCCGGUGCAAAAAGGAACAAGUAUGGAGAUGUCAUGGACUAGCCUGAAAA